AUGAUGUUUUCCUUCACAUCUCUUGGUGGGAAGGUUGACAAAAGUUAUCAGAGAGGUAAAGGUCCUUAUGUAUUUAGACUACAAGGUCAGAAUUAUCAUCGAAUGGGUAGUCUACUUCCGGACGAUGGGGAAGAACCUAAAUUCUCCCAGCUUUACAUAUAUGAUUCACAAAACGAAGUUGUAAAUCUCAAAAAGCAUUCUCAGAUAGAAUGCAAUACUACAAGAAACAACCAGCUUGAUAGUACAACCAUAGAGGGUCUUAAAGAUAUGUUGGAUUCUUGCAAUCCUCUUGUCCAAUCCUUCAGAAUGGUAAGAGAUUGUUUUCAAGAAAAUGAGUUUCAAGAUGUAAGCUUGAAGCUUAUUGGAACAAGAGAUAAGGAUGGAAGAGUUCACAAUUUGCCAACAGCAUUAGAAAUUGUUGCGUUAAUACAUGGUGAUUUUGAUGGAGCAUUUGAUAAACGGGACAUUGUUGUUAGAAAGAAGUCUGGUGGUCUUCAAAGAAUUAAUGAGCUUCAUCCCUCUUACCUUGCUUUGCAAUAUCCACUUAUUUUCCCAUAUGCGGAAGAUGGUUAUAGAGUUGGUAUUAAACAUAGAGGGAUUGCGAUUGAUGAUGAGCGGUUUUUGGUUGAUGGAUACACGAUGAUAGAAUCUGCCAGGUUGAAUUAUAUAAGGACAAAACAACCUAAACAUAGAGUACAAAAUCUUAAGAACUUGAAUGCUACUGUUGAAAGUGGAGAGAAUAAUGCCUUAAGUUGUGGUAAACCUAUACUUUUACCUUCAUCAUUUACUGGUGGUUCUAGAUAUAUGAUGCAAAAGUACUUGGAUGCUAUGGCAAUUUGCAAGUCUGAUGGAUAUCCCGAUUUAUUCAUAACGGUGACUUGUAAUCCAAACUGGCCUGAGAUUUACAGGUGUUUGCACGAUAAAGCUCUUAAUGCUGAAGACAGAACGGAUAUUAUCUCUAGAACAUUCAAGUGUAAAUUGGAUCAUCUUAAAAAAGAUUUCAAGAAACAUAAAUUCUUUGGUGAUAUACAAGCAGCCCACUGUUCAAAAAUUUCAGUUAUGUAUACAGUGGAAUUUCAGAAGCGUGGACUCCCACAUGCUCACAUAUGUUUGUUCUUGGGUGCUGAAAGCAAAUUUCCAAAUGCAUCUGAUAUUGAUCGUGUUAUUACUGCUGAGAUACCAGAUAAAGAAAGAGAUCCUGAAUUAUAUGAGCUUGUCAAGCAAUUUAUGAUUCAUGGACCAUGUGGUAUAGACAACCCACUUUGUCCAUUUAUGGUUCAGCAAAAAUGUUCUAAAAAGUUUCCCAAAAAAUAUGUAGAUGAGACUUGUGUUGAUUCUGAAGGAUAUCCUGUCUAUCGUCGCCAUCAAACAAGUAAUACGGUAGUAAAGAAUGGUGUGACACUUGAUAAUAGAUUUGUAGUUCCUUACAAUGCUCUCCUGCUCAGAAAGUAUCAGUGCCACGUUAACGUUGAAUGGUGCAACCAGUCAGGUUCUAUCAAAUAUUUGUUUAAAUAUAUUAAUAAGGGGCCUGAUAGAGUCACUGCUUCUGUUUUUCAAGCUAAUAGCACCAAGGAUAAUACGGAAUAG